UUCCGGCUUUAGGACCCAGACGACUUUCAAUCAUUUGAACGAAUGGCACCUGUUGCGUUCAAAGGGAAGCCGGGAGGCCAGUGCUGUUGGUCGCUUGAAAUCGUCGCGCGCUUAGUGAACCAAAUAUCUCUAAAACGCGAAGUUACAGAGUAACAACAUUCGUCCAUCGACUCGCAGCUCAAACAAACGGUGUCUCGUUAGACGAGGAACCGCGUAUCUAUCUGCCUCUGGGAGAAGCACAUGAUUGACUGAAAUUAUUACAGUUUGGUGAUUGAGAUUGGCCAACAGAAUGCGUCUGAGACGUCGUCUCUCCCCCCUGAAGCUUACUAUUCUGGGUGGCACACUUUUUAUGGUCAUUCUGGUGGUGCUCCAGAGGGACGUUGGCAGCGGCUCGCUUCAGGACCCCUGGCUACAAGAUCUCUCUAACAAAAAGGAGAGGGUAUUCGAGAUUGUCCGCGGGGCGGUUAAUAACUUGGCCUUCCAGAUCGGAGCCCCACAGCCCCCAUCGGUGGGAGUGCUGCCCACCCUGGACCGAAACUGCCCCCCGGGUUUCUACACUCAGGCCGAUCUCAAACCGUGGAUUGAGAGACCUCCUCAGGACCCUCAAGCACCAGGAGCCAAUGGCGCAGCCUUCCAGAAAGCCAGCAUGACUGCGGAGGAGGAGAAGGAAAAGCAGGAGGGCAUGACCAGGCACUGCUUCAACCAGUUUGCCAGUGACCGAAUCUCCUUGCACCGCAGUCUUGGAGAUGACACCCGUCCACCCGAGUGUGUUGAGCGAAAGUUUCGCCGAUGUCCUUCACUCCCCACCACGAGUGUGAUCAUUGUGUUUCAUAACGAGGCAUGGUCAACACUUCUGCGCACCGUGUACAGUGUUCUGCACACCUCCCCGGCGGCCUUCCUCAAAGAAAUCAUACUGGUGGAUGACGCCAGCAUGGCAGAACACCUCCAUGAGAAGCUGGAGGAGUAUGUGAAGUCACUGAACAUCGUGAAGGUAGUGCGUCAGCCGGAGAGGAAGGGCCUCAUCACCGCCAGGCUUCUCGGAGCCAGCAAAGCUCAGGGAGAAAUCCUCACCUUCCUAGAUGCUCACUGUGAGUGUUUCCCUGGCUGGCUCGAGCCUCUUCUUGCUCGCAUUGUUGAGGAGCCCACUGCCGUGGUGAGCCCUGAGAUCACAACCAUUGAUUUAAACUCUUUCCAGUUCCACAAGCCCAUGGCGUCUGCCCGUGCCCAUAACAGAGGCAACUUUGACUGGAGUCUCGGAUUCGGCUGGGAGGCCAUUCCAGAUUACGAGAACGCUAAACGCAAAGAUGAGACGUACCCAGUAAACGGACAGCUGGAGAUAAUCCCCUGCUCCGUCGUGGGUCAUGUGUUCCGCACCAAGAGUCCUCACACCUUUCCCAAAGGUACAGAGGUCAUUACACGUAACCAGGUGCGCUUGGCUGAGGUGUGGAUGGACGACUACAAGCUGAUUUACUAUCGACGCAGCCAAAGUGCAGCUAAAAUGGCCAAAGAUAAAAACUACGGUGAUAUAUCUGACCGUUUGAAACUCCGAGAAACCUUGCAAUGCAAGAACUUUUCUUGGUACCUAACCAAUGUCUACCCAGAAGCCUUUGUCCCUGAUCUUACCCCUGUCAAGUUUGGAGCUCUCAAGAAUAGGGGAUCACAGCAAUGUCUGGAUGUUGGAGAAAGUAACAAUGGGGGAAAGCCUGUGAUUAUGUAUGUGUGUCACAACAUGGGUGGCAAUCAGUACUUUGAAUAUACAUCACAUAAUGAGCUGAGGCAUAACAUAGGGAAACAGCUCUGCCUGCACGCGUCUCCUUACCCAGAGCCAGUGAAGAUUGAGCUCUGUACACUGAAGGGCAAAGGCAGCAGUUUGACUCCGGAACAAGAAUGGGUGUUCACAGAAGAGGACCUGCUGAAGAAUCCGUCCUCUGGAAAGUGCCUCCAUAAGAAAGGAGACAAGAUAUUAAUGAGCCCCUGCGAUCCAGCAGACCAUCACCAGCAGUGGGCUUUCAGUUGACCUCACACUCCAAUCGAGGAGCAAAGACGUUCACUCCCAUAAGACCCACGAGGGAGGGCCAGCAGCCACAGCUCAGGCUGACAAACUCACUGUAGGCCCGAGCGGAUGCACUGGGAGUGUAUUGGAUAGUUCAUAUCCAUAAGCUCCUAAAGACAUUAUGAUCAGACUGGGGUCAGGAUGCUCAGGGAAGACAGAGUGGAGAUCAUGCACAUCAACCCACUGGAGCAUCACAGAGUGAACAAUCCGGCAGCAAGAUUGUUUACUUGAUGCAAUUUAUUGCCUUAUUGAUGAUGUUUACUGCUGCUUUUAAAUGGUGUAGGUUUUAUUUAUUUUUAAAGAAAUGGAAAAUAUUUUUGGAACAUUGUUAGUGUUAAGGCCAAUGAACGGCCGGCCUUGCCAACGAUACAUGUGAUGUUUGUAUGAUCCCAAUCAUUUGCACAUGCUGCAGGGGUUGAGGGUUUUCUUCAGCUCUAGUGAACUGCCACAAGACAGCAGUAGUUUCAGAUCCUUCUCUUGUGUUUUUGAAGCUGUCAGUAUGUAUAAAGCAGCAUGUGACUUGCAUUGCUUGAUUGUUUCGGUGUGUUGAGGUCUUUGGGGGAAAUCAUGCUCUAAUAAUGUAUACAUGUAAUUAACUGUUUCAUCCUCUUCACCUCUACAUUAUUAUUCUUUAUGAAUUUUGACCACGGAUUUAUUCUUUAAUAAUUGGCAAUUUAAAAUAUUUGAUGUAUAAAAAAAAAAAACACACUCCCAGAUCAUUUGCUUGUGUUGUUUUUCAAAACAUAUGUUCUGGUUGUUAACCGUUUAAAAAUGUGUUUAAAAACUGUUCACCAGUUUAUGAUUCUUAAGGUCCACUGUCCUGCAGUAUUUAUCUCCAACACUGAUAAAGCACACCUGCUUGUAAUCUUCAGGUAAGCCUGAAGACCUGAUUAGCUUGUUGUUUUACUGGGUUUGGAGCUAAACUCCAACAGGAGCAGAAUUGAAGAACUAGUUACUGCUGUUAUCACAAUGAAAUUGUGAUUACUGGAUAUUGACCACUAUUGUGAUCCACAAAAGAAAUAAAGCAACAAAAAGCUUCUGAAACC